UCUUCAUUCCAUCAUUUUCACUUGCAGUGAAAAGUUCUCUGUUCGUUCGUGGAGGUCUUUUUAAUUUCAACUGCUUUUUUGCACAAACUAUAAAACUGAUUGGGUUUACUGGUACUCAUUUUGUAGUGAUUUCCGGAAGUGUAAUCGAAGCUAACUCAUGGAAAGCUGGGAGUGUGAAGCAAUCGAAGAAGUAUUCGGGUGCAAGUGUGCGAUAGAGUGAGACCGACGAGGUCGAUUAGGCUGCAGAGGACCGGAUCAGAAUGAAAAAGAGACUGUCAAGGAUAGUGAAUAAUUGUACCAAAUAAACAAAUCGGUCCUAAUGGAGAAGUGAUAUUUCGUUUGUAAGACUGUAAUUCUAACCUUAAGUAUUGCCUUGUUCAACAAAAUACUAGCGAGAACUCGGCCGGUACUAAUUGAUCCAUGGAUAUCAUCGACGUCGACGAAGUGCUCGGAGAUGACUCAUUCAUUGGCGACACGGAACGUCUGGAUGAUGAGGUGGUGGAAAUUUUAAAACAAUGGAAAUCGUGUGGCACUCUCUCAUCAUGCAGCGCCGUUCCAGCAGCCUCCAGCAGUAGUUUUGGGUUUACCAGCACCAGUCAUCACUUGAGCAAAAGCCAAAACAGUAGCUUAAACCACGACAGUAAAGGCUCAAAAUAUAUCGACACGCGAACAUUUACGAGACCGAAGAAAAAAGUAGACACUACUUUCAACUCACCCAAUGCAUCUGCUGAAUUCCCUCCCGCCAUACGAGAGCUCUCCCUAAAGGCGCUCUCACCACUGCUGAACCUUCAGAUAGGUGGACUGGUCACACAAACUAGAAAUAGCCAAGACAACUCAAGCCCAAUGCUGCAGAGAAGCUGGCUCGGCGAUGUGUCACCGCCGGGAUCCAUUAUGUCCUCGAUGGAGUUCUCGGUGAAUGACAAGAUGGGCACCAGUCUGAUCACCAGUGGAGAUUUUUCCAACGUAAGCUACCUGCUGAACGGUGCGAACGGAUGCGAUGAAAUGCUCAACUCGCAAAGCAAUUAUGAUGGGUAUAAAUUGGCCGAUGUGAUAAAGGAUAGACAUUUUUUGGAAAGUUUAUCAUGUUUCGAUGACAAUACACUUACAAAAGAUUCUGCGAUUUCGAAGACGGAUCUGAAUGGAAUCGAUGAGAACAUGUCUGGGUUCAGUACGAUGCAGAACUCGUUGGAGAGUGUGACGAAAAGUACCGAUGCAAGGUUGUCCGAUGUGACAAUGGCGCUAGGAAGUGGAAUAGCUGACGAGAUAUUCGAGUUAGAACCAAAGGAAAAAGUUGCGCCGGUGAUUAAAGGAAAACUGAAUGGUACAUUCGAAAGGAGGCGUAAUUUCGAUACGUAUCGUAAACCAAAAUCUAGUCUGAAUGGAACUAUGGAUGCCUUGCCUACAGUAGAUGGUGAGGAACCUAUGUGUCCGAAUCGUACAUUCGAUGCCGAUUCUGCCGGUGCGAAGCAUUUGGACGCCACCUUUGAAGUGCCGGACAACUGCAAUGGAACUUUUUCGUUAAAUCGAACAGCGAAUGUAAAUGGGACAGAAAAGCAACUUAAUCAAACCUACGACUAUUGUGAGAAGGCCUCUACAAAAGAUUCUGCAACGGAUCAAACCUUUGUACAACCUAAGGAUCAAACCUUUGUGGAUGAACCAAUCAGUCCCGAGGAUGUCUCUAUAAAUGUGCAUCGUACCCCGAAUGGAACGUUUGACCUUCCAUUGGAUAAGGGGGAAAAACCAGAUACAGUCGCUAUAAUUCAGUCUACUCCAUUUGUUCGUGCGACUAGAGCGAGCCGUGGCAGUGAUAUAUGCCAGGUUGAAGAGAAUAUUUCUCCAAUAGCGUUACACUCAAUACGUAGGUCGGGCGGUAUAAGGCGAAGCCGAAACCUCGAAAACGAAAUGAGUAGCCACGUGGAGACCGACGACUUUGAUGUAGAAUUCAGUAAACUUCCAAUCACUCCCAGCAAUAAGACUGAUAGCAGCAAUGGAUCGCACUUGUUGGAUAAUGAAAAGCGAAUAUCAUUACAACACUUUGAAGAUUUCGAAAAAUCUAUUAUGGAAAGUGAGCACAACGGUGUCGAUUUUGAUGAAAUGCUUAAUUCACUGACUGAUGUAAAGCGCUCGAUGGAUAGUGUAAAAAUGCGACAGUCAUUGGAUAACAUCAAAAAACGUCAUUCGCGGAUGAAUUCCGAAAAGCAGCAAGAAGACCUAAGAAAACGAACAGAAGUUAAUGAUUCUUUGUCGUCACCGCUAGAUAAUAAGUUGGCGGACUCGAUGGCAAAGAGCAUGUCGUCUUCCAGUGGAAGUGAGCGACUAUUGAAUCGCAGAAGCAGAUACAACGACGAUGUUCACCUAACUUUAUCUCCGCAGCAGUUACAAAAAGGUAUCGAUAUAUCUGAAAAUGAUUUGGAGCAUACGCCAACGAACGAAACGGAAACGUCAGAGAAUGUAAAUCCUCUUCCUACUGCUCCAGAGGUAGGAAGCAGCGAUAAAAAAAAUCGUGACCGAUUUAAAACGAUUCGCAUUAACAAACGUCUCAUCGAAGGAAUGGUUGUUGUACCGAGUUCCGAAGAAGUAGAAUCAGCUUUUCUUUCUCUAGAGGAAGAGGUGUCCGGUUCUACAGCAGCGACAAGAGCAACAGUUCCGAGUGCCUUCAGCCGAAUAGAUUACAACUCACCAAAAGAAUCACGGUUCUCCACUAGCAUCCCUACCGACCUCAGUAAGACUGAAGAUAUUGUCUUUAAAAGACCACAGGAAAUCACAAUCCCAGAGAACAAAACACGAUCGCUGUCAAAACCACGGUAUUAUGGCGGACCAAGCAGUAGCUUCGGCCUGGCAAAAAAAGAUAUGUCACUUCCGCUGGCGAUCAAAUCUAGUUCCACCGAUAAUUUGGAGAAUGAUCGACCUAACUAUCAACAGUCUCCGAUCAAUCAGCCAUCCCGAUUAUCCAUUGGUGGAAAAGUGGGUAGUGGUUUUAGUGGUGGAAGCAAAGAAGGAAACACGGUUCAAUCGAACCUGAAAUCGCCUAUGGGUACAAAAUCUAAGUCCUACCACAAUCUGUACUUCAAUCAAAGCAGUCACGGAGGAUCUAACAAUAAUCUACACCGGGGACCAACUCCUCUCGGGUUGUCCGCACAAAAGAUGUCGCACAAUAAUAGCAACACUGAGCUGAAAAAUAACCACUCUAGACUGCAGUUGAUCCCGCGUACACAACGUGCGAGUUCAUUGGUCAGACCCGUUACGACGGCGUUGAAGAACUCCGCGCCUGAUAUAGCCACCCGCAACAAUGAUUCAAACUCCAGCAGUAUUACUACAACCAAUUCGACUCUAUCUGGCGUGCAAAUGCGGGCACCCAAAACAAAUUCACGACUGGGACUGAUACGUCCUUCGUCCGGUUAUUUUAGCUACGGUUUACAUAAAAAGAACGCCGACUCGGACACCGAAUCAAUCAAUAGCCUAUCGUCAUCCUCCGCUAGUUCUAGAGGAAGCUUAUAUCGCGCAGAUAGUCAAAGCUUAGCUAACAACGUACAAACCGGCAUCAGUAUUGACGACAUGAGCGGUGCUAUGGGUGUUCAUAGCUUCAGCAGUCUAGCACCCAAAUCCAGCGUUCUAAUAGAAUCGAAACGAACGGCAGUGAAUGCGACGAAACUAUCAUUGGCUGCGGGGGGACCUUCGGCAAAACCAUCUGGAUUGCGACAACCUUCCAAUUUACGGCCACCGACUGUCCGCAGCGCUCUUCCUCGCCCGACAAGUUACGUGAAGCGAUAGAUUGAAUGCACACUAUAGUUUUUCUCCUCCAUUGAGUCUACAUAUAUUUUAUGAGUUGUGAAUGUCAACGUGCUCUGGACCUAUUAUAGACUCCGUGAAUCUAUUCGGACUCUGUCGAAAAAGGGAUGAUCCGCCUUCUUAGCAAAUCUGUUGAUUUCCAUUUUGUCACAAAAAUCGAAGUAACCAUUUUAACAUAAUAGGUAGUCUUGUUUGUUGUCACAAGUUUACAUUCUAUAUUUUAUACAUUAUUCUUCACGGGAUGGCUUAUAGCAUUUUGUGGAAAUAUUCACGAGUUAAGCAAAAUUGCAACGUAGGUAUACCCGGAAGAAGCUCGAAAAAAAUAUUUUUAAUAUGUUUUAAUUGCAACUUUCUACUAUUUUUUGUUUUCCAAAUAAAGAGCAAACUGUA